AAUGCAAAUAUACCUGUAUCGAAAGAGCAAACGACGCACCUGACGCUUCUCGUGGGAUUUGAGGGAAGGCCGAAGUCUUUCUAUUGUUCUAGCGUUUACACUGCUCGACCACUCCCUGCAGUGGCUGUGUGAACUGAGGUUUCGCAUAUCCCGCCCUCCCUGGAGUUCUGAUACACAACGCCCCAUCUCAUUGCCAUUGGGAAAACCACCUCGCCUGUUGUGGCAAACGGGGCAGUUUUAACCGUCCAACACCAUUUGUGGAUUUAUGUAAAAGUGUCAGAAGCUCAGGAGAGCGAGGGGACGUGAAUUUCAGACUUUCGGACACCGAUCUACCGGGUUCACCUGUACAGUCAUGAAGGCUUUUUUCCUGCUUGCCACAUUGCUGUGGUGUUUAACAGCGAGUUUCUCCUGGGCAGCUAAGAUUGUGGUGGUUCCUCCAAUUAUGUUUGAGAGCCACCUUUAUAUUUUUAAGACCCUGGCCUCUGCUCUCCAUGCUGAGGGCCACGACACAGUCUUCCUGGUCUCCGAAGGUCGCGAGGUCCCACCUUCCAACCAUUAUCGUCUCCAGCGCUACCCUGGAAUCUUCAACAGCACCUCAGCCGACGACUUCCUCCAAUCAAAAGUUCACAACAUUUUCUCAGGGCGUCUCACAGCACUGGAGCUUUUCGACAUCCUUGACCAUUAUUCUCAAAACUGUGAUGCUGUUGUUGGGAGUGCUUCUGUCAUGGAGCAGCUAAAACGUGAACAGUUUGACCUCCUGCUCGUUGAUCCUAAUGAAAUGUGUGGAUUUGUCAUAGCUCACAUCCUGGGUGUCCAGUACGCAGUAUUCAGCACAGGACUGUGGUACCCUGCGGAAGUUGGGGCACCAGCACCCCUGUCUUACGUCCCAGAAUUUAACUCUCUAUUAACAGACCGUAUGUCAUUGUUCCAACGGGUAGCUAACACAGCAGUGUACCUGGUUUCCAGAUUUGGUGUCCAGUUCCUGGUUCUGCCCAAGUAUGAUCGCAUCAUGAGGAAAUACAACAUCCAGCCAUCUGUGUCCAUGCAUGAUCUAGUUCAGAAUAGUCGACUCUGGAUGCUGUGUACUGACUUGGCGCUCGAGUUCCCACGACCCACUCUGCCACAUGUUGUCUAUGUAGGUGGCAUCCUCACCAAACCCCCCAGCUCCUUGCCACAGGAGUUUGAAGCCUGGGUGAAGGAUACAGAUGAACAUGGUUUCGUAGUGGUAUCGUUUGGUGCAGGAGUCAAGUAUCUGUCAGAUGACAUUGCUCGGAAACUUGCAGGAGCCUUGAGCCGUCUUCCCCAGAGAGUCAUCUGGAGGUUCUCUGGAGUUCCUCCUUCCAAUCUUGGCAACAAUACUAAACUAGUGGAGUGGAUGCCACAGAACGACCUGUUGGGCCACACAAACACACGGGCCUUCUUGAGCCACGGGGGCUUGAACAGCAUCUAUGAGGCCAUGUAUCACGGUGUGCCCGUGGUGGGUGUUCCGCUGUUUGGAGAUCACUAUGACACCAUGAUGCGAGUUCAGGCCAAAGGCAUGGGCAUAAUGCUUGAGUGGAAAAGGAUGAGUGAAGAAGACCUUUACACUGCCAUGGUUAAUAUCAUUACAGACAAAAGGUAUCGUGAGCGAGCACAGUUGCUGUCUCAGAUUCAUAAAGAUCAGCCUGGUCAUCCAGUGAGCCGGGCGGUUUACUGGAUUAGCUAUAUACUCCGUCAUCGUGGCGCCGACCAUCUCCGCUCUACAGUCUAUGAGAUCCCCACCUACCAGUACUUCUUAUUGGACGUCGUUGUGGUGAUAGGAGUGUGCCUGCUUCUCCUUGGCUACUUGCUAUACCGAAUAGGCAAGUGCAUCCAAUCACGAGUGGUGCGCGGUUCAUCUCCGGCAGAGAAGGUGAACGGAUAUUGUCAUAAUGGAAUUCCAAAUGGCAAGCACAAAAGAAAUGGCCAUGUUAGAAGUACGGAGAAGAAACUAAAGUAAAGCACUAGGAGAAAUCAACACUAACGCUUCACUAAAGAGAGGAAUUAACUACUCUUCACUCAAAGCAGGGCCUAUCCAGGAAAUAAAUAUAUGGGUCAAUAAAGAAACAAACCAACCAUUAUAACAACAAACUGUAAGUGUGAAGCCAAAGUAAGGAAGAAUGGAAGGAAACCAGAAAACAUAAAUGGAAAGUUCCUGAGGAUGUCACCCCAGCCCCUGUUGAAUGGCAUUAAUGUUCAGUUGUGGUCCUGAAUGUUGAGUUUAUCCUUGUGGAAAAAGCAACAGUUUUGAAGUUUAGAAAUUAACGUUUUUAACAAGAAGCUAUCAUCAGGUUUUACUACAUCCAAAUACAACAGAGAUCUAUGUCUAUUUAUAGAAAUGUCAUACUUUUUUGUGCACUGUUGUGCGCUGAUUUUAAUUUAUGUUCUAUAUUUAUGUUUCACGCACUCCGUCCCUACUCUGUUUUCAUUUCUUCAGGAAUAUUAAUUCUUGGAUGUUAGCAGUGCUAGCAAGCUAGCAUAUUUGCUAGUGUUUAUGUUGCCAGCCUUGCCUUAAUCUUUAAUAUGCUUUUUGUUCUGCUAACAUACAACUUCAUUCCUUGUAGACACAAAUCUGCACUAGUUAAUGUUGCUAGUUAUGCUAGCUAUGCAAAAUGCUAGAGAUUUUGAUAGGGAUAGUUAAACUUGAAAACUUGCUUCUAUUUACAAUAAUUUUGGAAACUACAGUAGGAGCCAGUAUACUGGUAUACCCAUACUAUUGUGUUGCUUCAUGGAUGUUUAUGUUCUGAAGUUUAAAUUCUUCCUCACUGCAGUCAUCUUUACUGAAUGGUUUAUUUUAUUAAGCAAAUCAUGCUUAAGAGGAACAUUUUAGGGGGGUGGGGGGUAUAUAGCAGUUACGCGUGAGUGACUGUGUGUGUCUCGAAAUGUCCCAAACAAACUACAUUUUUAUUCGAAUAUGUAUCAGACGAGUGUUGUUAUGAAUGCAAAAGAUCGUUUGCUGACAUGUUCCCACAAAUCAAUGAGUGACCUGGAGGAAUUUGGUA